AUGUUGAUGAAUGGCGAUGGACAAGAGCAGGUGGCAACGGCAGCGGAAGCGCCCAAAACGCGACAACAAGCCACCCACGCCCCGCACACCCAGUCCCCACCCACAAAAGCCCCUUCCAUCCACUCAUAUGAAUGGGACACGAAGGCGACUGUGAUGGGUGGCCAAAUGUCAAUUGUCGGGGGCACUGUUUCGCCCGCUGGGACUCCGAAUGGGAACGAGGAUGGCUCCGGGAAUGGGACGGAGGACUUAGCGAAUGGGAAAGGCCAUUUGUCCAGGAAGCCUCGCGGUGACAUGCGGAACAACUUUAGUCUAAGGAGUGCACAGAAAGAAAGUACACAGGAUUUUGAUGAACAAGAAAAUAGCCGAUACUCAUACAAGCCCAAGAAUGAUGAUCGUGAUAUCUGUCCCAAAGAUCCCAGCUACACCAAUGUUAAAGUUCCCAUGUUAGGGUGUAAGAUCAUUAAAAGCACGACACUACUACUACUACUACUACUACUACGCAUGCUACAGGAAAUUACCUGUAAGAAACGUUUGAAGAUAGACACACGACGAUAAAAGAUGAAUAGUGAAAUCUCAAAAUUAAUCGACUACCAAAACAACGCACUGGAAGCAGCGUAUUUCGUUUAAGUAAUGUCAUACACCACCUUGUGGCCACCAUAUCAUAGCAACCUGGAAAUAGAUACCACCUGCCGUUAGUUUUACCGGAUGUCGAAGAGGGAACAGACCCACUUUGACAUUAUUAUGUAGCCUGAGUUUUCCUGA